AUUUGUAAGGUGACUGUUGUCGGAUUUUUGUUUUUUUUUAUUAAGAAAAAGUCGCAUCCACCUAAUGGUUAUUAGCGACGGAACAAUACAUAGGUUAAACAAAAAUGUGGUACAAUAUAAGUAUAGUACAAUGUUCUUACCGGUUGUAGUUGUAGACUUAGCGGCUCGUAUUUCCCUGUGAAUUAAUACCAAGUGAAGUGAACAGUUUUAAACAAUUACAAUGUCUGUACCUCAUUGGUCUCCACAAACACGUUGGAAUAAGAAUACCUUAAAAGUAUUAAAUGAAUUUUCCUCGAAUAUUGCCUCUGUGGAAAAUGUUAAUAGCAUUAUAGAGAAAAGUGACAAGUUUCCUAUAAAAUUUCCAACCAAAUCUAAUAGAUGCAAUUUUCUGAAGACUAUCGUAAAGGAAGAAAGUUUAACUUCAAAUAUAAACUCAGUUUAUCCAGUCUUACACGAAAGCGUGUUAAAGUUAUGUUGUCACUUUAUUUUGUUAAAAAGAAGCCAUGGAAAUCUAAUCGAAAAAGACUAUUAUCGAGACUUGAGUCUUAAAGACCUCAUAAAUAAGAUGUUGUUUAAAAGGGCUGUAGUUUUCUUGAACGAAGACGAUAGUUAUUUGCUUCUUAAUAAUAAAAGUGGAAGCGGAAAGUGGGAAACCAUUGGAACUCCUAAUCAAGUGAUCUCUAUUAAAGAAUGUAUGUCAUACGAUGAAAUAAAACUAUCAGCUUUGCUUUCUGUGAGCUCGAUGACAUAUUUCAUAAAUAAAGGCCAUAGAACCAAUAUUGGAAAAUAUGAGGCAGACAGGAGCAUUGUUGAAGAAGAGGGUAUAAUAAUCGGACUAAUAGGACCGAGAUUCGAAAAGAGUAAUGUUAUGGAAUACCAGGAGAUUGUGAUUGGUAAAAAGCAAAAUACUACCAGUAAUGGCUUUGGUACUUCGGUUGAACAUACUACUCCAAAAUUGUUUACAUCGUUUUAUGACGAAGAAUGUCUCACAUACGAAGAAGCAAUCGAGAGAAAAAAGAAAGUGGAUGGAAAAUUUCACGUCAUUUAUAAUGAUAUCUUGUUUGAUAACGAUUUGUACUACAAAAGGCUAACAAUAUCAAUAGACACGUUAUUGAUUGAAGCUAACUCAAGAGCAAAACAGAAAUCCACCACGGCAUAUAUACACGUUGUCGGACUUGGAUUGGGUGUAUGGAAAAUUUCCGACCACCAGAACAAACUAUUUAUGGAUUCUUUUGCAAAAAGAUUACAGUGCCUUGGUGAAAAAUUACAAUACGUUAGUGAUAUUUGUUUUGCCUAUAUCCAUGAGAGUCGCUGUGGAAGUUACGGAAACGGUGACAUUUUUUCUAUAAAAAAUCAUGCAAAGGGAGGAAUAAAAAUUCACAUAUUUAACAGAGAACCACAUGCCAAACUAGUAAACGAAGAUGCAGGAAAACUAUUAGUCGUUUCUUAUGCUUGGGAUGGAAAUGCUUUACCAGGAAACGAAUAUUGGCUGGGAAGCUUAGCAGGUAGUGGAGAUCCAGCUGCUGCGUGCUCUACUCAAAUAUGUGAAAUACACAAUCCUCACAUUAAUUCUCUUGUCUGUGCCGAUAACUUACAUGUGGUUACGGAAGAUGGUGUUUUUUCCAUAGAAGAUUAUAAGAAGUUGACCAAUGACAAAGAAAACUUAAAAGGGAAAGUCUGAAAUUUGGGAUAUGUUAUCCAAUUAAUUAUUAUAUCAAGUAUUUGAUAUAUUUUAUAAUAGUACAAACAAUAAUUAAAAAGUAUAUUAUAUAAAACUAACAAUAUGUACUAAUAAAAUGCUUGGAUCCAUUAA